AUGCUGACUCUUAAGUUAGGCGUCAGAGGUCUUCACAAUCUGGAGAUCAACGUCCCCAACGCUGUGCUGGUAGGGGAAACCGUCACAUUAGAAUGUAGCUGGCAGUUAGAAGACGAAGAAGCCUUGUACAGUGUGAAAUGGUACCGAGGGAGAGAGGAAUUUUACCGCUACAUCCCCAAAGAACUACCACAUACCAGGGUAUUUCCAUUACCAGGAAUUGAAGUAGAUAUAUCGAGAUCGGGUGCUCGUCGCGUGGUCUUACAGCAGGCGACGCCGGCAAUGGCCGGACGGUUUCGGUGUGAGGUAUCGGCAGAUGCACCGACUUUCCAUACCGAAAUACGAUCAGCACCUUUAGAAGUCGUCGAGGCUCCGGAAUGGGGUCCAAAAUUGGUGUCGGACCGGUCGUGGUACGGAGUGGGGUCUACACUGCGCGCGACCUGUGCCUCGCCACCUUCCCAUCCACCAGCCAACCUGACCUUCGCACUAAAUGGACGUGAGAUCGACAUGGAGACCGUGGUACACGAGUUGCCGACAUGGUUCAAAUGGGAUCCUCCUCCGAAGGCUGAAACGACGACUACUGAGCAGCCAGACGAUGAUGUGAACUUCAAUAUUUUUCAUGAUGAAGGGAAUAUUCAAUAUUUGGACGAGUCGUAUAUAAAUUUGCAUAAAGAGGAGAUCAGAAGGCCUCCGAAGGAGAGUUUGAAGCCGACGUUUGAGAGAACGGGACCAGAUAACCGACUGCCUUCUGUCGGGGACGUGUCGUUCGUGGUUCGCAACGAGGCGUUUGAGCGUGGCAGUCUCCGGCUGACCUGCAUAGCGAGCAUAUACAACUUGUACGCGGCACGCGCCGAACUAAUUUUCGAUAUGGAGCAACCAGAGGUUGCCUCCGUGCUAGGCGUCCGUAAUAGAGCAGUAGAUUCAAGGAGACUUUGGCGAAUACCAACCACCCUCAUUCCACUGCUGUACAGUAUCCGGUAGUUCGUUCAACAACUUUACUAAUUAAGUACAAAGUUAUUUUAAAUACGAUUCACAUUAAAAUAACUCUCAUUGUGUACAAAUUCAUUGAACAUAUCCAAUCUCAUGAAUUUAUGUAAUACGUAUAUUUCGUUGUACCACAUUAUUUUAUUUUUAAAAGUAGAUAGUGAAGCGAAUAUCGUAAAUAAUAUUCAUAUUGUUUAUUAAAAAGAGAAUUGUUUAUAAUAUUUUUAGUCUUAGGUCAAACUGGCCAAAUAGAUUUAAUAAAGAAUUAAUCCGAAUGUAAGAUUAGAUGAAUUAUUAUUAUACACUUCGUAGAGGUUGUCCGAU